AAUAAAAACGCUGUCAUUAUAUUUUGUGUACUGCUUUACUUCGCUAUAUUUAACAGUUGUCUUUGACAGGUAUAUUUUAAAAGGUACACGGUGAAAAAAAAAAAAAAAAACCUAGCCAGCAAAUUUUAACACUAGUGCGAGUUAGCAGCUAGCUAUCUAGCUAGCUAGCUCGAGCCACCGACAUUCAGUCUUAGGAAGCUAAUGUCGAGCUAGCGUGUCGGCUAACACUAGCUAGACGGACCAGCCGCUUUCUAGGAAAAUACUCUGUAUAUUUUUACUCGAAUACUCGAAUCAAGACUCGAUUUCGCCGAAGCACAUCGAAUGCGGAUAGUUCUGUUUUGUUUGUUUUGGAUCAAGGAGGACCUGCUCGAGGAGACCCGGUCCUGUCAGCACUAGGGGGAAAUCCGAAAACACCCCCCCCCCCCAACUGUGUGUUCAGUAUCACAGUGCUUGUGUGAGAUUGAGUGGAUACAUCAGGACAGCUGAGAAACAAACCCUGUACCAGGCCCACAUUUAAUUUAAGGCCUGCCUGUUCAGUCUGUUCAGAGGACUGCACCAAAGAUAUCAUAGCCAGCUCCUGAUGCCUGUGUGACACCACUGACACACAAAAAGGCCAUGUGAUUCCCCCACCUCCACAUCUGCUGACCACCCACCCGACCUCUCCCCUGACUUUUACAAAAUUUUAAUCUCCACCCCCAUUGGCCCCGCCCCCAGCACCGCCCGGCGAUGCAGCCAUGAGCUCGGUGCUUUGGAGCCAGGAGAAGCCGGUGGGCGGCUUCCGUGACGACUGGCGCUUCUAUGUGGUGGUGAAGGAGUGCGCGGUGGAGCGGCUGCCCCAGAAGACGGUGCGUGUGCCACGUGGCAGCCUGGGCCAGCCGUGCCAGGAGCGCAACAGCCUGGGGCGCUCCCUACCACCCACCAAGGGUAAGCGCAGCCUGCGCAUCCUGGACCAAGCCAACGUGGUGGUGAGUGUGGACGAGCGGGAUGCGCUGGAGCUGGACGAGAAGCUUGCAGAGUUGCUCUUCCCCAUCACAAACUGUGAGGAGCGCUACGCUCUGCUCCGCGACAAGGCUCGCCUGGACCGCGCCCGCCAGAUCGACACGGGCUCCCGAGUGCGUGUGCAGCUGCGCUCUGGAGAUGACCCACUGCCUGGUGUGGUGCGCUUCAAGGGGGCGCUGUUACCUGACAGGGCUCUCUCAGGCGUGUGGUUCGGCGUGGAGCUGCUGGAGGAGGGACGUGGUCAGGGUUUCACAGAGGGCUCGUACCAGGGCCAGCAACUCUUUCGCUGCGAGGAGGAGUGUGGUGUCUUCGUCGCACUCGACAAACUGGAGCUCUGGGAGGAUGAGGAGCUGGAUCCAGAACACAUUAACCUAGUGGACAACGAAGGGGAAGUAGAAGGCGAUUUUCCGCCACUGGAGAUCAACUCGCGUGUGCUGGUUCAGACGCGGGAGGGACCUGAAAGGGGAACUGUCAUCUUCUGUGACCUGUUGCCAGGCAACGAGACCCUGGGCUAUUAUGUUGGAGUUGAUAUGGACAAUCCCAUCGGAGACUGGGACGGCAUCAUCGAGGGGAAGCUGCUGUGUAAUUUCGCCAGCCUCGAGUACACCCGUCUCGUCCCCAUCUGCGACGUCAUGCCAGAGUACUCCAUGCAGGACCCCAGGACAGCCCGAGGGAGCAGUGAGAAGAGCAAACCAAAGAGCAAAGGGUUAGGUCUGCAGGCUGCCAGCAGAAGCAAGUCUGAGUUUUAUUAUACGCUAAAUGGCAGCUCUGUUGAUCCCCCAGUCCAGUCCAAAUCCAAAAGCACGUGGUACAUAGAUGAAGUUGGCGAAGACCCGGCCAAGUCCCUGACGGACAUGCCUCCUGACUUCAAACAGGCCUCGCCUCCUCCUCGAGCCCCUCCCACCUCCACUUCGCUGUCCAGCGACAACAAGUUCCACUCGCUGCCCUUCAGUCUCACUCGCAAGAGUGGGCCCAAUGGGAGCAUGAAUCAUGGACCCCUCUCCCUCUCCGUCCAAUCGGUGAUGGGAGAGCAGCAGGAGGUCCCGCCCCCUGUGACCGCUCCCUCCCCAAGGCCAGCGUCACCCCCCAAGGGUCAGCCAGGCUUAGAGGUUGGCUCACUGGUGGAGGUCAAGGAGAAUCCACCUCUCUGCGGGGUGAUACGCUGGGUGGGGCUGCCGCCUGGUUUACUGGAGCCUCUUGCAGGGCUGGAGCUGGAAGAGGAGUGUGUUGGAUGCACUGAUGGAACAUUUAAAGGCAUGCGCUACUUUACGUGUCCUCCAAAAAAAGCUCUGUUUGUCAAACUGAAGUGCUGUCGUCCUGAUUCACGCUUCCCGUCCCUACACCACUCACCCAACCCCAUCGAACGCUGCAAUUCUAUAGCGUUUGGAGGUUACCUGAGCGAGGUGGUUAAUGAGAACACGCCCCCUCGUACGGAGAGCGAUGGGCUGGAGGUCAUGGUGGGGAAGAAGAAAGGCAUUCAGGGCCACUACAACUCCUGCUACCUGGACUCCACACUCUUCUGUCUUUUCUCUUUCAGCUCUGUGUUGGACACAGUGUUACUGAGACCGAAGUCUAAGACUGAUGUAGAAUACUACUUAGAGACCCAGGAGCUGCUGCGAACAGAGAUAGUCAACCCACUGCGCAUCCAUGGUUACGUGUGUGCCACUAAGAUCAUGAAGCUGCGGAGAAUUCUAGAAAAGGUGGAAGCAGCUUCAGGCUUCACGUCUGAAGAGAAAGAUCCUGAAGAAUUCCUCAACAUUCUGUUUCACCACAUUCUGAGGGUGGACCCCCUGCUCAAACUACGCUCGGCUGGCCAGAAGGUCCAAGACUGUUACUUCUAUCAGAUCUUUAUGGAUAAAAAAGACAAAGUGUUGGUGCCUACCAGCCAACAACUACUGGAAUGGUCCUUCAUCAACAGUGACCUUAAAUUCGCUGAGGCUCCCUCCUGUCUCAUCAUCCAGAUGCCUCGCUUUGGGAAAGACUUUAAGAUGUUCAAUAAGAUUUUCCCCUCUCUGGAGCUGGACAUCACGGAUGUGUUGGAUGACACACCCAGAGAGUGUCGUAUCUGUGGGGGUUUAGCACUUUAUGAGUGUAAAGAGUGCUAUGAGGAUGCUGACAUCACAGCUGGGAAGAUUAAGCAGUUCUGUGAAAAGUGCAAUACACAGGUGCACCUGCACCCACGGCGUAAGACCCAUCGGUACGGUAAGCUAUCAGUGCCUAAGGAGCUCCAGGAGGGCGUUUGGCGGCAGGGUUCCUUCCCCCACCAGCAGAUGGAGCUGUUCGCUGUGCUGUGCAUCGAGACCAGCCACUACGUCGCCUUCGUCAAAUACGGAGCUGCGGACUCUGCCUGGCUCUUCUUCGACAGCAUGGCCGACCGAGACGGUGGGCAGAAUGGUUUUAACAUCCCCCAGGUGUCUCCGUGCCCUGAGGUGGGGGCAUACUUGAAAAUGAGCCCAGAAGAACUGCAUGCCCUGGACCCCAAAAACAUCCAGGGCUACGCCCGACGACUGCUCUGUGAUGCUUAUAUGUGCAUGUACCAGAGCCCCACCAUGAGCCUCUACAAAUGAGAGAGAGAGAGGGAGGGAGGAGAAAAAGGAAGUUGGGAAGGGGAGAUGAAUAGAUGAGAUGAGAAGAUGUGAAUAUUAAAGGAGAGGGGGUGAUGGAGGGAUGAAAGUAGACAAGUUUGGGGUCUAAACGGACAAGGAGCAUCUGAAAACUAGAGAGCAUGGGAAGGGAGAAGGCCACUGCAGAAAGACCCGCUCUCUCGAGAUGUGCCGAACCAACAUUCCCUAACUUGUCAUGUCAUGUCGUUAUGCCUGAUUCACCCUGUGUAUAGUCAAAGACUGCAAGUGAGGCAUAGGGAGGAAGCAAGCUGAUUUGCACUGUGUGUGUGUGUGUGUGUGUGUGUGUGUUUUCAUGUUCAUGUAAAGUGAGAGAACUGUCCUUUCUUUUCCUUGUUUCCAGUCUCUGAACUGACACCAACCCAGAACUGAGUUGACUAUUUUUCCCCACUACAGUACAGCGGGGAAGACCUGCUUAAAACCUCAUCUGUUACAGAACUGAAACAGGUGGUCUGUGGUCCUGUGCAGUCCAAUGCGCAUUCUUCUUGCUGUGCAGGACAGGAGCCAGGACCUCAGCACCCCGGGGCAUGUGUCUCCCUCCCUCCGAAACACCGUUCCAAGGACCUGUGCUGAGGCCAGAGUAGGAGUAAAUGUCCCUCUCAUUGCAUCCUUGGCGACCCCUUCCAUGAUUCGUCAUGUCCACCGCUCAUUUGCCGAGUGCAGUUCAAAUACAUCGUGUCUCCUGCUCUUGGUAUUUUUGCUGUGGUGUCCUUGUCCUGCAUGUCAACCUGCAGCACAGUAGCUUGAAAGCUAAAGAAUAAAAAGAAAACAUUUCUCUUGACUUCAAUGUCAGCGCUGAGAAGUGGAACUGUUACGCUGUCAUAAAGCACAAGUAUUUUUCAACAGUUUGGUAACAGUUUGUGAUUAUUUUCCCCCCCUGCCAACACAUAUUUGCUUUACCUGCUUCUGGUAUUGAUAUGUAUGCAUAUAAUGUGCUCUAAAUCCAUACUUACUAUAAUACCAGCUAAAUUAUUGCUCCAUAAGUAUGUCUGCAUAUGAGAGAGUGGUGGUGUAUGCCAGAGUAUGUUUGAAGCAGAACCAAACCUGGUACUUGGGUUCCCAUUUCCAUCAUAGUGUGGUGUUUAUUUGACCAAAUUGACAAGUUGUGAAGAGCCUACCAAAAUCACAAACAACCUGCAUCAUAAAUGCACAGUACUAUGGUUCAGGACAUCCAUGUCUUGCAGUAUGGCAGAAUUAUUUUUAUUUUGUUUGUCGAGAACUGGCUCACACGAAAACCUUCCCUCUCGUGCUUGUGCUCUGGAAGAGACAGGGUUCUUAAUGCAAACGUUUGUGUAAAUCCCUCAGCGCAUAACAUCCCACACUUGCAUGAUUUCCUGGAAGCAGUUGUUCGGAGAUCAACAAGAACCUUGUGCAUUAACCACAGAGCUAUUGGGCGUGAACUGCAGCACCAGAGGACUGCUGGUGUAGGACCCUUGAAGGACGGGUCGUACCGAGCAAAUGUUAGGGGACUCGGCGUCAUAUCCACUGUGACACAAAGGCUGCACAGUGCUCAGGUCAUUAAUGAGUGUCAUUUCUGAGUCAUAUCAAUUUUAGCUACUUUUUAAUGUGUUGCGUAAACCUGGCCAUUGCGGAUUCACUGUGGGGUUGGUCUGUUUGUAUCCUGCUAUGAGUCACUGGUAUCUUAACAAUGACUGUCCUGUGUUGAACGUCAUGUGUCAGGUGAGAGGUCACAUGUUUUGUGUGUUUGUUCGAGCUUUGAUCUGGGCUCAACGUUGAACUUUCAUGGCUGCUUGUCUCGCCCUGGCUCACUCAUAAUAAAUACAAUGUCAUACCAAAUAAAAACCUCAUCUUCGGCCAACCCUCCUGGUUUAGUGCUUCAAAACAGAUGUUUGUUUAAAUUGGUUUUAUCUCAUUUCCAGGGUUGAAUGUUACAUGAGUGUCAGCGAAACAGUUCAGGUGGUUGUGAUCAUGUAGCACCUCGUUGACACUGUUGACGCGUGCUUCUGUAAUGGCUUUGCUCGUCUGGGUCCAGGUGAAGAUAAUGCACUGCACGGCCUGGUUAAGGAGCCUUUGUGUUGUACAGCGAGAAUGGGCCAGGACUGGUGUCACUGUUUGAACUGAACCCUGGGCCAUUUUCUUGUAUGUGCUGUUCUCGUAAAUGUUAACUAAAUUAAAACCUCAUUUUGAAAA